AGCGGGAGCGGCGGCGGCGCCCGGGUGGGGCUGUGCCUGCUGUGCGGGCUCCCCGCGGCCGGCAAGUCCAGCCUGGCCCGCGCCCUGCGCCGCCAGCUGCGGCAGCGCCCGGGCUGGGCCUGCGCGCUCCUCCACUACGACGAGCUCAUCCCGGACGAGGCCUUCCUCCCGCGCGCGCCAGGGGCGGGCCCGCGGGAGCCGCUCCCAUUGGUGCCCGGCUGGAAGCAGAGCCGCCGCGAGCUGCUGCAGUGCCUGGAGGGUCUCCUGCGGGCGCUGCUCACCGGGGCACCGCUACCUGGCCCAGCACAGCCGGGGUGGGAGCGGUUCCUGCGCUGCUGCCGCCGGGAAGGGCUGCUGGAGGCGGUGCAGGGGGACGGCGGGGCCCCGGGACGGCCGCUCUGCCUCCUCCUGGACGACAACUUCUACUACCAGAGCAUGCGGUACGAGGUGUACCAGCUGGCCAGAAAAUAUUCCUUGGGCUUCUGCCAGUUGUUUUUAGACUGUCCCCUGGAAUGCUGCCUGCAGAGGAAUCGCCUCAGGAGUGAUCCUGUACCUGAGCAGACAAUACAUUUAAUGGCACGGAAAAUAGAAAUGCCAGAUCUCAAGAAAAAUGCUUGGGAGCAGCACAGCCUCAUUCUGAGAAGCUCUGAUUGCAUCUCAGAGGACAAUGAGCAGAUAAUUAACCUGCUGGCCACUGCUCUGGAAAAUCCAGCGAGGCCAAACGAGGAGGACACAGAGCAAAAGGACACAGAUCGAGCCAUCUGUGCAGCCAGUGCUGUCCACCAGGCUGACCAGGCGUGCAGGAGGGUCAUCUCUCAGGCCAUGAAGGAUGCCAGAGACAAAAACGUUCUCCCAAGCGAGAUGAAGAGCCUGGCAGAAGAACUCAACAAACUGAAGGCAGGAUUUUUGGAAGACCUGAGGCAAGGAAAGACUUUGAAAACCCAAAAUUCUGACCCUGCUACGAGCGUAAUUUCUUCAUUCCAACAUGAGGCAACCAAUGUAGUCAAUAAAUAUAUUUUAAAAUAAUGACAUAGAGAAUGUUGGGUGUUUAAAUUGCAGUACUGCUGAGAGAUCCCUUCUCUGACUCCUCUCUCCAUGGUAUGGAAGAGAAACACAGUCUAAACAGACUGGAGAUCAAGCCAAGAGCAAACCAUCCUUAAUUUUAAAUUUCAUGGAAUCAUAGAAGAAUUUAGCCUGGGAAGAGCACUUGGAAGUCUCUUAGUCCUGUUUCCUGCUUACCAUGGGACUGACCUCGACCCACAGCCUCCUUCAGAUGAGAUUCUGAGGAGCUCCUUGGCUGGUGACCUGCUCUGCUCUGUCCAGCAGCCCCUGAGCAAUCCCAGAGGUGAGUUUAUCCUCCUUACCAUAUCUAGAUCCCAUUUAGACCUGAGCAGAUCACCAGCUCCACCUGUGGUAGCACAUGCAAUUAAGAAUUAACACGGGACCUAAUUAGAAAGUGUUAUUUUAUUCAUAUCUUACAAAAGCAAAGCUUCACAACAUGAACUACACGUGAUAGAGUUAUUUCAGAAUUAACCUUGUCAUCUCAAAAACAUUCACUAACAUUAAAAUUUAUUUUACAACUCUAACAGGUUUCAUUUUUGCAUAAAAUAUGCUCUUUACACUGAAAUACAUAUUAUUAACAAAGUAGGUACUUUGAAGCACAUACACCAAGAUUGCUCAAUGAAAAAUGCUUCAGCAGGAGAGAGAUUUCCUGCAGCAGAACAUCCAUUUGCUGUAGAUUUUCAAAGAAGCUUAAAAUUAAUAGAAAACUUGCCAGUGAAGACUUCUAAGUUACAUUCCCUUCGUCAAAAAGAAACAAAAAUCAACACCCCCCCCCAAAACAUUCUGGAACAAAACAAACAGCAAGAGAUUAUUUGGCUAGAAAACACUGCUGGAAUAUGUCACCCAGCACUGAGUUUUAUAUUAAAAUGCCAACCAAAAUCCUCUUCAUCUAAACAUGUGUCUGUGAAAAAACAACUUUUCCCUAUUAGCUGCUUUGCAGUUGGUUUAAGUAUUAACUGAGAUAAUCAAGAUGUUCAAAUAUUUACUGGAAUAUUCAGUCUCGGUUAAGUCUGUAUUGAGUGCUACAAAUAGUGCAUGUUGAAAUGUCCACAAAGCUAUAAAAUAAUCUCUUACAAUAAAAACAAAAACUUCACA